AUGGGCCUCUGUGGCUCUGUACCGGAGGCGAUGCAGGUUUUCUUCAGGACCACCGUCGGCCUCCUCUUUAGUUUCCUUCUGGGCUACACUUCUUCGUUUCUGCUGGUGCGACAGGAGAAGUUCUACGAAGCAAUGUACUCAGAGUCCGCCGUGCUGACUCAGCUUCUCGAGGAGGCCCCCUUGCUGCUGGAUCCUUCUGACUUGCAGGUCUUCGUGAAGAUGGUGCGGCUGUACCUGGCUUCGAGCACUUGGCGAAACGCGAGCUUCAUCCCCUCCGAGCUGGUGGCGCGGGCUCUUCGUUCUGACAGGGACCCCGUGGAAGAGAUGACACGACUCCUCGUGGGCUUACCAGGCCCAGGCGCUGCACGCCUCCUUGAUGUGAUCUCCGCCUUGCGAGCUGCCAGAGCUCGGAAGUACUCGUCCAUGCAGCGCAUCAUCCCCACUUCCCAGUUCGGCGUACUCGUUUUGUUGGGCUUACUGAUCACGCUUUCGCCGUUCCUCGACGGAAAUGGCGACAGCUCGGUGCUUGCACAAUAUCUGUACGGAGCGCUGGUGGAAGUUCUGAUCUUUGUCAUCGUCUACGUUGGUGGUGGGCCAGGUCUUGGCGUCUACACCACCGACCAGGAGCGUGCAACGAUUCUCGAUGCCCUCAUGGAGCUGAUUGACAAGACUGAAGCCAGAGCCAAACGCGAAAGCCAAGGCGCCUCUGGCGAGAAGCAGAAAGCGGCUGCGAGCGCAAGAUGA